AUGGAGCAUAAUGUGUAUUCGUUUUGGCUCGCCUACUGUGUGGGACACCGUCAAAGAAGUUACCACAAAUUUGAGUAUAAUUUGGGAAACUUCAGGGCCAGAAGAAUAGGGAAGGCAAUGAAUAUAUUGGUACAGCAGAUACUAGAGGGUAUGGAAUUAGAUUCCCACGUAAGGAAUCUUGGUAUUGAGCGUAUGAAGCAGAAAUGCGAAGAUGGGUGGGAUCUUAAGGAGAUUCCGAAAAAAUUACAAUUGGUUUUAAAUGAUACACUGAGGUUUAGUUUCAAUUGGUGUUUAACUCAAAAUGGUGUAAUUAUACCACAAAAUUAA